AGUUGCUGUGUUUUUCCCCCACACUAACAGCUAGCUCACUCGCUAGCUAAUCACCCAAGCAGUCCGGUAGAACCAGAGACCCCCUGGUACCGGAAUUGAGAAGGGGCGCCCGAUGACCGUCUACGGGGAGAACAUUUGUUUCUCAUGUAGCUUAUAUUCGUGAAGAAUAUCCAAAUGGAGGUGGUGGAAAGUCCUCUUAACCUCGCUCAUCAGCAGAGCAGGAAGGCAGACCGUUUGUUGGCAGCUGGCAAAUAUGAAGAAGCGAUUGCGUGUCACGGGAAAGCAGCAGACCUUCUGCAGGAGGCCAUGAAGCUGACGCAGUGUGAACAGGCUCGCCUGUCGCUGGAGCUCCAAAGGGACAGCCACAUGAAGCAGCAGCGGCUGAUCGAGGAGAAGUGGAAGCGGGCCAGGAGGGAGGGGAAGCCCCGGGUCCUCCAGAGCGGCUCCGCCCCUGAGCCGGCCCUGCCCAAUCAGCUGCAGGCCACCCCUGGUGCCGCUGCCGCCCUUCCUGGCCCCGCCCACGCCCCCAGUGUGCCGUACGGCGGCGAGCGCGAGUACGACACCUGGCUGUACCUGCUGAAGAACAAGGGCGCCGCGCCGGAGCCCUGCCCCGGCAGCAAGGCCCAGAAGGACGACAAGACGCGGCUGGAGGAGCAGGAGACGGCCAUCGCCGACCUCAGGAAGCUGGUGGACUUCCUGCUGGCCGAGAACGAGAAGCUGACCCAGGAGAACCAGCGGCUGAAGGCGGAGAACGCCCGGCUGAAGAGGGAGUCGUACGCCGACGCCGACUUCGUGGAGAAGUCCGAGCUGUGGGUCCUGCCGCAGCCGGCGGAGGACAGGAAGAACAAGGACAUUCCCAUCCCGCACCUCCCGCCCCUGGAAAUGCCAACUCAGGACAUCCCUCUAGAGGACCUCCCUGUGCUGGAGCUGCCUGUGGACAUCCAGAACGAACUGCAGGAGCUCCUGGACAGAGACAAGCCGUAGCCCAGCCGUUCGGAUCACUCCAGCAAACAAAAACGAGACGAAAGGGAGACCAUGGUGCCGACCGGCGCACAGGGAGAUGUCUCGCUGAGGAAAUGCGUCCGCCGUUCAAAAGUGUUCUGUGGUGUCCUCCGGCACCUCCCCCGAGGUGGCGGAACUCGGAAGUCAUUUCUCUCAUUCUUUUCUUUCUUUUUUUUUUUUUGCUCCCUCCAGUGACUACCCUAGGUACUGCAGCUAUUUCACAAAAAAAACCUUUUUGCAGGAUUUGUGCCUUUUGAAUAUUUCUAUAAUGGUUGUGAUUUAAGGUCCUAAACCACAAAUAUGAAUAAAAAGGGACUGAUGACUGUUCUCCGGCUCACUGAAAGGUUCCCAUCUUGAAGCCUGGACUGACUGGCAGUGACACUUUCAAACUCUUUGUUGUUGUUUUUUUUUUGCCUGGUUUCAGCUCUAAUUUUCGCAUAGCAGCUAUGGAAAACAAUGAAUUCUGGGCCAGACUGUGUCCAGAGAUGGAGGUGGCACAUGCAUCUUCAGUGAGACGUUAGUGAAGGUGUUGCAGUGAAAGUGUCCC